AUGGCAAAGGAGAACCACCUCAAUGUCUUCCGGGGCCCGGAUUCGGUCAGAAACUACUUUGACCCCGAUUCCUCACCCCCGUUGCCCCUCGUCGAGAUUCCAGACAGCCUCAACCCGUACCGGCGAGAUGGCGUCCGGAUAUACGCCAAGAUGAUCGUCGUGCCGGGGAAGACGAAGACGAUUGUCGAGUACAGCUCGGGUUCGACGGCACUAUCCAUGUCGCUCGUUGGCCGUGCCUUCUAUGGCAUGACCGACAUCCGAGCUUUCCUAAGCAAUAAGACCAGCUUGGCCAAAAUCCGGCUCAUGCAGGUCUUUGGCCUCAACCUCACGCUCUUCGGCGGCGCCGUCCCACCGGAGCCUCUCGAUGAGCGAGGGCCUAUACGAAUCGCCAAGCGGAUGGCAGAAGGGUCUGAAUCGGUCCUAAACCCGAACCAGUACGACAAUGACGACAACUGGAAGGCACACGUGAAAUGGACAGGUCCGCAAAUAUUGAGGCAGCUGCCCGAGAUCAACCUAAUCUGUUCCGGCAUCGGCACCUCCGGAACCUUGACCGGAUUGGGGUCCUUCUUCAAGGAGGCGAAGCCAUCCGUCUUUCGCCUAGGAGUCUGCACGACACCCGGCAACUACGUCCCCGGCCCGCGCUCGUACAAUCAAAUCGACUUGAUGAAGUUUCCUUGGAGGUCGUCUGUCGAUGAUAUUGAGCAGGUCAGCUCUCGCGAAUCCUACGCUUUGUCGCUUGCUCUCAUCCGCGCCGGCCUUCUCUGUGGUCCUUCUUCCGGCCACAAUCUCCAGGGGCUCUUUCAGUUCGUCGAGAAGCGCAAGGCGGAUGGGUCACUGCGCCAGCUGGCCGGCCCAGACGGCGAGAUGCACUGCGCCUUCAUCUGCUGCGACUUGCCCUAUCAGUACAUUGACGAGUACUUUCAGACGCUCGGGGAUGACUAUUUCCCUCCCGUAACGAACAAGGAACUGCUGGGCGUCGACAAGUAUUCCUAUGACCCGAAGUGGGAGAUGAAGGCUUCCGAUGCUCUCCAUGACUACUUCGGCGUCGACCAGACAAUCAUGGCCGACCUGUUGCGGCUCGCUCCAACCCUCGCCGCCGCCGGUGGCUCCGAACUGGACCGGCUUCUCCAGAGACGCCCAGACACCGUUAUUCUUGAUUUUCGUCAGGCCGCCGACUUUGACCGCUUCCGCCUGCCCGGGUCUGUAAACAUCCCCUUUGUCGGCCCUGAAACCAACAAUCCAUUUUCCGACGCCAAGGUUCUGAGGGAUCUCUGGUUGCGUCUCGAGGAUACCUUCAAGUCCCCGAACGAGUUCCUCCAGGCUCUCAUCCGUGGCAAGCGCCUUUUGCUCCUCUGCUACGACGGCGACAGCGCUCGCGUAGCCACCAGCGUGCUGCGAGCCAACGGGUUCGAGGCCGACAGUGUCAUGGGUGGCUUCAAGGCGCUCAACGAGAUGCGUAUGGAGACAGGAGCCACGCUCCCGACGCAGAUAUCACUCGAAGAUACACUUCGUUACGAGACACAGCGCCGCGUCACCAUUCCUGUCGGCAAAGUUGGAUCUGCAUCUGGCUAG